AUGGCCAACUAUCAAAUCACACUCUCCGACGAGUCUAAGGAGACCAUCAACAAGGUCUUGGACUACUCCAGAACCGUUGCUCACUAUGGUUUCAUCCCAUUCAUCUUGUACUUGGGCUGGAAAGGCUCUACUCACAAGCCAAACUUGUUCAACUUGUUGAUCGCAUCUCAUCACUACUCUUGUUCAACAUCCAUGUCUGAACAAUGGUCGAGACGCCAGAUCGAGGUUGUGUCCGGUUUGGUAGCUGGGUUCUCGACUACUCUAGCAACUCACCCAUUGGACCUUAUAAAGAUCAGGUUGCAGCUCGCUGACAAACUGACAUCCAAGCCAUUCGAACUCAUAUCAAGAGUAUACCACGACAUCCAAAGACUGGCUGCCAACGCCUAUCAAGCCAGUGACAAGAGGUACCCAAAGGCAUUCUACACCGUACAGCAGUAUUAUAGAGGUGUGGGGCCAAAUUUCAUCGGCAAUGUGUCUGCCUGGGCGAUCUACUUUGGUCUAUACGCUGAGUUCAAAGAGAUGGUUGCAACAGAACACUCAACAAAUUACUUCGCUGCUUCAUCACUAGCUGGCCUUUCAACUACAUUGCUUACGAACCCAAUUUGGGUUCUAAAAACUCGAAUUUUGAGUACACCUAAAACCAAGAACUCGUACUCGUCUCUUUGGGACGGUAUCAGAAAGAUAUAUGUCAAUGAGGGUGUGCGUACGUUCUGGAAAGGUACAGUGCCCAGCUUGUUCUCGGUGUUUCAAGGAAGUUUGCAAUUCACGUUCUACGAUCAUGCCAAACUAUAUCUCACCAAGCACCAGGAGAAAGAACCUUCGAACUACCAGUACACUGGUCUCUCCAUGAUGGCAAGAACAUUGAGUAUGGUCAUAGUGUAUCCCACACAGGUCAUCAAAUCAAGACUACAGAGCUACAACUUCGGCCAAGAGAAAAGAACGAUGAUAUCGAUUAUUCGUCAGAUCAAAAAUCUGGAUGGAGGGCUACGCGGAUUGUACCAGGGCAUAAGCGCCAACCUCAUUCGUGUGCUUCCCUCGACAGCAGUUAUGUUCUUGUCUUACGAGACUACGAAGAAGUAUAUGAGCCAUUGA